GCACAUGCGUAAGCGGCAAAAAUAGUAAACAAAGGGAGUGAAAUCUUUGCCGUGUUCUCAAAUUUUAUUUGGCUUAUAAUUUUACGUAACUGCUACAAACAUGCUUGUUAGGAAGGCAGCGAGCGCACUGCUGCCGCGCGUCGCCGGCGCGGCGUGGCGACGGCCGUGGCACAGGAGCGUCUCUUCGGGGGAGGAGCCACCCAAGAUAGAGAAGACGCUGAACGAGGUGCGGCUGCUGGGCCGGGUGGGGGCGGAGCCCCAGAAGAGGGGCACGGAGGAGCACCCCGUGGUCAUCUUCUCGCUCGCGACGCACACCAACUACAAGUACGAGACAGGGGAGUACAUGCAGCGCACGGACUGGCACCGGGUGUGCGUGUUCAAGCCGGCGCUGCGCGACACGGUGUACACGUACCUGCGCAAGGGCCAGCGCGUGCUGGUGAGCGGGCGGCUCACGUACGGCGAGGUGAAGGACGAGGCAGGCCGGGCCACCACCACCACCGCCGUCGUCGCGGACGACGUCGUCUUCUUCCAGUCCUAGCGCCGGGGGUCACGUGGAGUCUCGUCCGACCGGCCGCUGCUCCUGGAGUGCGACCUUGUGCCCGGAGCGACAGGACUACGUGCGCCGGGCGCAUCUUCGUCUCGGCGGCGCGAGGGUUCCGGGCCCACGUUUCCACCAUUGCAUCACCGUACACAAGGGUUAUCAUCUCAUAAUCCGCAAGUAAUACUUCCCCCCCCUCCCUGCGUGACACUCGGAAACAUUUUAAAACAUUCAAAUUCGUAGUAAAUAAUCCCCAUGCAACCAUAGUGCGUUACCUUAUCGAGGUGUCUGCAAAUCGUGGAAGUAGAGAAAACGUAAGGAAACGGGAGGACUUGUCGUGAUAUAUACAGUUCCAAUGCUGGAAGUUAUUCCAGCAUCGUUUCCUAACUUGCAUUAUGGUUUUUUUUUUUUUUAUUUUAUUUUAAAAAAGACCCUACUUCAGUUUAUACAAAUAUUUGAAUGUCCACCGAAUUCAUGUGGGAAUUAUUCCCGAAAAUAUUUUCACUUUCUAAUUUAAAAAUUUGUAUAUCCCUGUGACUAGAUGAUCUAUUUUGCAUUGUAUUGUAUAUGUAAUCACCCAGUGAUAAAAAAUAUUUGUUAGAAAAUUUUUAUUUAAAAGGUCCUGAAAAAGUCUUGAAAUUUGUUCAGCAUGUUUGUGAACGUCCUGUUUAUCGCUUAAACAUUUUUUUUAGGCGAGAAAAUAUGAAAAACCUGAAGCAAGGUCUAACUCAUAACAUAUUCAUUGUGUUAAAAUACAGCAAAUUGUACCUCAAGCGAUGUCUGUUGUACCAUUUGUAAACAAACAUGUGUGAUUGUUUAAAUGAAUAUUUUUAUUUUGGCAGUUGUCGUAAAUUGUAAAUGAUGGCCUUGUACGCAGGCUGUACAAUGACUAGUCCACGAUCCUAGCAGUACGAUGUGUGCUUCUGAAACACUGGCCACAUUCCCAUGUUAGUCUUUUGACAGUGUUCGUUUUUUUUCUUAAGCAGCAACUGUUGUAGGUGCUGUUAUUAGUUUUACUCUAGAAUUUCCUUUUUCUUUAAAAGAAUCCAAUAAUGAUGAUGAAACAUGAGAAACCAUAUCCAAUUUAUAUUCAAAGCGAGAUAAACCAAUCAUAAUGCCUACAUCAUUUCAAUAGGCAGACUUGGAAUGUGUACUGUGAUUUAUCUAGUCUCUCUGCCAUAUUGACACUAAUUAUUGUAAGCCUUACAAAUUGAUCUGAAAUCUGUACUUGUCAUUAAAUUUGUUACUCGGAUCUAUGCCUUAUCCAAAAUAAAAACUAAAAACUC